UUCUUCCCAAGAGAGAGCUCCACCAAUAACUUCCACCCUUCGGUGAGGAUAAGAGAGUUCUUUGAGAAAGUUUUCUCAAGAGUUGGGCUAGGAAGCUAGAAUAAUUUCCUUGUUUUGGUCGCUCUCUGAAAUUUUCUGUCUUCUCAAAGAAAAAUCUGAUCUUUUGGUUUCUAACAUCGGUGGAAAUCUGUGAUCAGUUUUCUCUAGUAAGUAGUAAGCCAGACUUUCAGAUAAGAGAUUGAUUCUUGAUCCUUUUUUUUUUCUUUUCUAGGUUUCUCUCAGCCAGGUGAGGAUCUGUUUUUCUGAAUCCAUCAGGCUGUUCCCUUCUUUCUAGAUCUUAAAGAGGAUACCUUUUUAAUACCUCUCUCGCUGCUUCUUCUCCUCGAGCCCUCUCUCUGGUUCUUUUGUUUUGUUUAAGAACCAGUUGGGUGUUGCUCUUUGCGAAUUCUGUAGUUCUAAGAAGGAUUUCUUCCAUGGCCGCAGCUAUAGAUAUGUAUAAUAGUAUGUUAGAUGUCUCCUAUGAUAAUCUCCUAAGUAAGGAACUGACGGAAGCACUUGAGCCUUUUAUCAAUGGUGUUUCCUCGUCUCCUUCUGCCUUCUUUCCCUUCUGUGCCCCUUCUUCUACUACCAAAGUCAUCUCCUUUGAUUCCUCCCCUGCUUCUCUCCCUCCCUUCCCCUCUUCUCUUUCUUCUUACCAGUUCUCUUAUCCUUCGCCAAAUCCCAGCUUUGACCGCUCUGUACCAUCAAAUUGGAAUCAGCAUGAUUCGUUGAUCUCAGAUAGUCCGAUCGGGCUCACCCAACUCGGACCUAUCCAGAUCCAACAAAUCCAAGCUCAACUCCACCGCCACCACAACCACCAUCCCCUCGCUCCGCGAUCCCAACCCAUGAAGCUCUCGGCCGAGUCGCCGGCGAAGCCUCCCAAGCUCUACCGCGGCGUCCGUCAGCGUCACUGGGGGAAAUGGGUCGCCGAGAUCCGCCUCCCGAAGAACCGCACCCGCCUCUGGCUCGGCACCUUCGACACCGCUGAAGAAGCCGCCAUGGCGUACGACAAAGCCGCCUUCCGCCUCCGCGGUGAGUUCGCUCGCCUCAACUUUCCCCAUCUCCAACACGGCGGCGGUGCCGGCGGUGAGCUUCACUCCUCCGUGGACGCCAAGCUCGAGGCCAUUUGCGAGAGCCUGGCAAGCUCACAGAAGCAGGGGAGCGCAUCGUCGUUAACGCCAGUUGCCGCCGCUGAGGUGAAGAGCGAGCCGGAGGUGUCGUCGGAGGGGGAGAUAUCAUCGGAGGGCUCCUCCCCUGUUUCAGAAAUGGAGAAUUUGGACUUCACAGAAGUACCUUGGGAUGAAUCGGAGAUGUUUGUGUUGAGGAAGUAUCCCUCUUGGGAGAUUGAUUGGGAUUCUAUAUUGUCCUGAUUGUUUUCAAUUUCUGUUGGUCUGUGAUUUAGUAUGUAUUUGGGUUCCUGCAAAUGGAAUUUUUGACAUUUGCAGGGGGUUAAGUGUAAGAUGGUGGUGUUUUGAUGGGUAGAUCUCUUCCUGGUUUACCGUUUAUUUUUAUUGGUAUUACCAGUGAUGGAGGGUGUUGUUAGUAAUAUCUAUGUUUAGGGUUGUAAUUAUUAAUGAAUUAAUAGUGUGUAUUUGUUUUAUUA